AUGAAUAAAGUACAGCAUUUGGAGGCGUUGAAAUAUUGUACAAAGCUUGAAGAAUUGUAUUUAAGAAGAAAUAAAAUAGAAAGUUUGAAUGAAUUGGAACAUCUAAAAGAUUUAAAAAAUCUUAAGGUGUUAUGGAUCGAUGAUAAUCCAUGCACGGCUGAUAAUAAUCAUCGUGCUAAAAUUCUUAAAAUACUUCCUAAUCUUCUUCGACUUGAUGAUAAACCUGUAACAGUUGAUGAUUUGAUCGAAAUGCGCGAAAGUAGAAAGAAAAGUUUGGAUUUUGAAGCAUUAAGUGGUACUGAACGCCAUGUAAUUGAUAUGAUGUUACCAAAUAAUUCGCAAUUUGUCAACAUUGCUUCAAGCCAUUCUUUUAAUGCUUUAGAUGAGAAACCACUGAAAGCAAUGUAUUCAUCGAUGUGCAGUAAUAUAAUGGAAGAUGAGCAAAAUGAUGAUCAAGAUAUCUCAUGGAAUGAAUUCAGCAUUAAUGAUCAAUUUUCUCCUUCUCCUUCGAUUAUCGACACCACGAAAAACAGUUUAUUAACUCAGAGCGUUUACGAAGGUUCAGCGGAGUAUAUUAGGCAAUCUCGAUGUUAUCGCCUUCCAUUAACAUUGCAACAUCGUAGUAUAAGUUUGCCUCGAAGACAAUUUGCAUCAGUAACUUCAUCAAAGCAAAGAUUUGAAAGAAUCGUCUCAGCGGUAAAUGUAUUACUCGACGAACUUGAUGAUGAUGGUCUUCGAGUUGUCAUCGAAGAAGCACAGCGACGAAUUAAGAAACAUCGAUAA